AUGGCCUGGUGUCAGCUCACCCAAGUCACCAAGCUGAGCUUUGAUUCCUCCAGUACUUCCAUUACCGCUUCAAUGAACUCUCUGAGAGGAGGAGGAGGAGGGCACGCUAUGAUAUACCAUGACAGCCCUUGCUCUGAUGGCUAUGUGUUCAUCCCCUUGGCCUUCCUGCUCAUGCUCUAUGCCGUUUACCUCAUGGAGUGCUGGCACUGUCGAGCCCGCAGCGAGCUCCAGUGCAAGGCCAACAUGGACAGUGUCUACGAAAGAGUUCUGCGCAUGCGUCAAGCUCGACUUUGCGUCUGGUGGAAAGCCAUCAGUUACCAUUUCGCCUCAUCAAGCACCAUGAAUUUACAGCUUGCAAAAUGGAGACCAGAGCAUCACAACAAGCACAGAGAGGAGAAACUUUACAGACAAUGUUUGAAGAAUGCAAGCCAAGGCCUUUCUUUCUCUGAUGAAGUUAUGCAUGAGAUGGGAGCCAUUUCAUACAAGACACAUGAUUUUACUUGGCUUUUCCAUGUCACGGGCUCUUUAAAGAAAAGAAAGAAGCAUAAGAACAAAGAAUUACAUUGCAAUAUUAGUCCUCUAACCAAAAAUGAAGACAGGGUUUCAGUACAGGCUCCGGCAGUGAACACUACUGUAUCCUUUAGCAUUGCUAGAGAUAAAAGUGAAGUGUACGAUGCCUUUAGAGGAAAAGGACAGACCAGGGUGUUGAAUGUGCACUCCUGCCUGAAGGAAUCUUCUGCAGAGGAUAGGGAGAACCAGAGCAGGAGCAGCAGGUGGCAGGAGUUUGCACUGAAGAAGCUUUCCAAGUCUACCGAACAGCAGUUUUCCAAACAGCAGAUCUCCAAACAGUGUCAAAAUAAGACUGGCCCACUUUUGUCUCUGAGGAAUCAAGACAAAGUGCGGGGUUGCAUUAAUAAGACAUCAACCACUGUGAAUAUCAAGCACAUUGAGGUCCAACAGGCCCCUCAUCUACAGGAAAUCCUGAAUCCAUGUGUAAGCAGACAGGUUUAUGAAAAAGAGAACAUUAUUGAAGAAGAGAUCUUGUCAGCAGGAACAGGAAGAGAUAUGAGAGAGAUACGGCAAAAGGUGGAUUUGCCCAUCAGAACUGACAUGUUGGACAAUGACCCCAAGGUGGAUCGCAAAUCUGACUUAAUCAGACAGGGUCCCAAGACGGCAAGACAGCAGCUGCAUGUCAUGCCUGUGGCUGAACUUUCCACUCUUCGUUAUGCAGUGGACAAUUGGAGGACUUGCUUGAACAUCAAGUUGUCCUGGCAGAGUGUGACAAUUAAGGGCCUAAAGAGGGCUCUUAUUGACCCUCAUUACUCUGCGCGGCUGGAGGCAAUUAUAACUUGUGCAUCAGGAGCAGUUAAUGGACCACAAGAGGAGCCUCGCCCAGGCAAAGUAGCUCAACAUGGUAAGGCAUCGAAUCUACAUGCAGUACCUCAAGAACUGCAGCCUCUCAUUGUCUCAGCUCUGGAUGACCCAGUAAAGAAAGUUCAGAUGGCUGCUGCAGUGUGCCAGUAUGCUAUGAGGACACCUAACUUACGUGCAAGAGACAUACUACAAAACACAUUGAAGCAAGACCCUUCAGGCACAGGUGCAGACAGCUGGGUGGCAGCUCAGUGCCUGGCCAUAGAGGGUGAUAUGAGACAAGCUGUCAUACAGAGACUUCUUUCACAGCACUUCUUCAGUGAUGCUCCAUCAGAUCAGGAGCAGUCUAUGACUUUACUCUCCAGCAUUAGCAGGAAGACUACUGUAGUGCGCUCUCUGCUGGCUGAGGAGUUAAACUGUGCUAACUGGAAAACUCGAGUUCAGGCCUGUAACAGCAUUGCACAACUCAAUGGUCCUAUCAAUAAGGAUAUUUGCAACAAACUGAUGUACAUAAUGUGGAAUGACUGGAGCACUGCUGUUCGUCAGGCUGCAGCUCAGGCUCUUAGUAAACUGGAUGUUGGCAGGGAGAUGCACAAUGAGUUGAGUGUGAAGCUGAAAGAGGGUCCAACAGCUUGCAGGGUGGAAGCACUGGAGUUCAUUGGUCAGCUCAGUAUAAUGACACCCAAGCUACUGCCCAAUUUCCUGCAGUGCUUUAAGGAUGACUUUGUUGCUGUGCGCCUGCAAGCUUGCUUAACUGCAGCAUCUCUAAUGAUGGAAGAUCAGUCGAUUCUGGAUAAUUUAAUGAACUUGAUGGAGAAUGACCCAUCAUGGAAAGUGAAAGUGGAAGCAAUUAAUGCUUUAGGAAUAAUAGGUUGCAUGACCCAAGCUCUCCAUAAGUUGUUGAUCUGGGCACUUCACCAUGAGGAGGAACCCAGAGUGCGCAUCGCUGCCUGCGAGGCCAUGAGCACUUUAGAAGCACAAGGCGAAGAGUUACAACAUUUCCUACAAGAGCGCUAUGCACUGGAAUCCAACACUGAUGUUCAAAGGCACAUUCAAGGACUUCUGCAAAAAUAUGGAUACAGUCUGGAGGGAGACAAAAGCAAGAUUGAGGAGAUAAAGCUCCAGGUGAAGCUGUUGUGUAAAAAACAUGUAAUUGCAGAGAAAGUGCUUUUAAUGAAUGAAAUGGAAAAGCAGCAACAACAGCAGAAACUAUUGUACUGAUUAAACUGUUCUGCUCCAUCUGUGACAGUUUUACAGGAGUCCCCCACUCCCUGUCACGAGCAUUGCUCCCGCCCCUCUAUUAAAAAACAUUUAAAAACGUGAAUUGUGUGUGGCAUGUCUGGCGGUCAGAACUGAUGGAUUGACUCAUGUCAAGCAGCAGCAGCAGCAUGGAUAAAGCAGAUCUUGUUUGCCAAGAUCAAACCUACUCCCCUGUCUUUCAACAUAAAUUUAAAUCUUAAAUCAAAUUGAAAAGUUGCCUUUACUAAAAUGACAAUUAAGUUGAGUCGGGAAACUCUACGAGGCAUGUUGAUAGUAUUUAACUUAUUUGCUUAAUUUUAGUCUCAUACACAUAGUUAUUCGUGUCACUAGGCCCAUCAGGAACACAUAAUCAACACGUUUAGGGAUACAUGCCCAGCUACACGCAACCGAAAUCCACCCCGCUGCAGCUCACAUGCUUGUAUUUUCUAUCUUCAGCUAUUGCUGUUGGUGGGUGUAAUCUUGAUGUUUGUACAGUAGCAGAAGUACAUCUCUUCUGUCUCAGAAGAAUUAUUUUUCUGUUCCAAAAGCAGCAGCAUAUUGACAUGUCAGUCAGCAGGA